AUGAAGCCGCUAGUAUCCAUAUUUUCCGUUGCUUUGUUAACGUCUUUCGCUUGGCUACAUCAGACGUCAGCGUUCGGUGUUCGACGUUCCAGCAAUCGGUCAGCCAGAGCCGCCCCUCCACUCGAUCCCACGCUCAGAAGCGCUGUCGAUGCAUUUACGUCGAAAGGCUUUGAAAAAAGAGAUGACACUAAGAAUGAGAAUCAAGGAGAAUUCGCAAACAAGAGUGCAGCAGAAAUCAAAGGAGAGUUGUUGGAGCUUUUGCCGAGCAUGACGGGUCAAGAAGACGAAUUUCGAAGAGUAGAAGAAUUGGUCAAUGCAUUGGAAGCCCGCUAUCAACCAGCUCAAACCCUGACUUUUCUCAAUCUCGCAAUGCAAGGAUCUUGGCAGCUUCUAUUUAGCACAAAUUUGUCGGGAACGCCCAAUCCUGCCAAGUUUCGUUUGCGCGAACUGACCCAAAGGAUUGAAUGCAACAACCUUGACGGCGUUGUUACGAACCAAGCGCUCUGGGACCUAGCCGAAGCUGGCGACGCUGCUUUCGACGCGACGGGGACCUUUUCCGUUAAAUGUAACUACUCAAUCAAUCAAGGUGCGCGGAUGAUUGUCGAUCUGGAAGACCACCUACUGCAACCUGCUCGCGGUUCUGCUAUUCCUCAGGACGUACAGGGCUUGGUGGGCUAUUUACAUCGCGCAAUGCCUAAAACGUUGUUUGAUCCAUCGGAUCAUGCCAUGGAUACGACAUAUUUGGAUGUUGAUUUGCGCAUCGUGCGGUAUACGGGGGCGCGAUUGGAAGGAUCGCGAGAUAUCUUCAUGCGGGCGUCCGCUCUGGAAAUCAAUCCGACAAAGGACGACGUCCCCAGAGAAGAAUAG